AUGGUAUUUUCAUUAAAAGAAUCAUCAGACUCUAUUUCAAAACCGUCAUCAUUAAAAAAUAGUACUAUUAUUGAAAAUCCUGAAAUUCUCAAUAAUAAUAAUAACAAUAAUAACAGUAAUAAUAUUAUUAAAAGUCCAAAUUUCUUAUUAUCACAAAAACAGAGAUCAAUUAAUAUAAGUAAUGAACAAACACAAAGGGAAUUGAAUAAUAAUGGAGGUAAUUUAGAUCACCGUGAUCCAAAUUCUCCAAAAUAUUUAACAUCAUCACAUUCUUCAGUUGUAAUACCACAAGAUAAUAGUAAUAAUAAUAAUAAUAAUAAUAUUAGAAUAUCAACAUCACCUAUAUUGACGGAAAUUUCAGAGAACGGUUUAUUAGAGUCACCAACAUCACCAAUAAGAACAUCAUCAACCCCAACAACACCAACAUCACCACCAUUUAUAACAUCACCACCAUUUAUAACAUCGCCAAAAGGUUUAAAUUCACCAAGAAGAUUAGUUGGUUUCUUUUCAAAAUCAACAUCCUAUCAAUCAUUAUUGGCAAACAACAACAACAACAACAACAAUAGCAACAACAGUAACAAUAAUAGUAAUAGUAGUAAUAGUAAUAUUAGUUGUAGCAAUAAUUCCAAUAAAAUAAGUAGGUUAAUUAAUAAUAGUAAUACAACAGAUAGUAAUGCAAGCAUUCGAUCAAGUAAUAAUAAUAAUGAUGAUUUUGAUAAUAAUGAUGAUGAAGAUUUAAAUAGUAUAAAUAAUAGUUCCGGCAUUGGUAUUGGUGUUAGUAGUGAUUAUAGUCUAAUGGGUUCAUCUUCUUCAAUUAAUGGAAAUACUACCACUACUACCACUAAUACUUAUUCUUACAAUGACAAUGACAAUGUUAAUGAAUAUUCACCAAAAGGAAAAAGAUUAAUUAGACACGAAAAAUCAAAAUCAUCACCACCUUUAUCACCAAUAACACCAUAUUAUGAAAAUUUAGUUAUCAAAGGUAAUUAUACCAACAGUAACAAUUACAACAAUUACAACAACUACUACUAUAACAACAACAGCAGCGGCAACAACAACAACAACAACAACAACAACAACAACAACAACAACAACAACAACAACAACAACAACAACAACAACAACAACAACAACAACAACAACAACAUUAGUGGUAAUAGUGGGUAUAAUAAUAGUAGAGAUGAUUUAUUUAAGAGACCAUUUGAAAUGAAUAAAGAAUCAUCUCCAACAAAUUCACUAAUUCCAAAUGUCUCUGCUUUAAAAUUGAACCGAGUUAUUAAAUCAUCAAAUGGUUCAACUAUAUUUACUUCAACAUCUUCUGAUAUUGCUUCUGAAAAUGAUAAUAAUAAAAAUAAUGAAAAUGAAAAUGAAAAUGAAAAUGAAAAUGAAAAUGAAAAUGAAAAUGAAAAUGAUAAUGAUAGUGAUAGUGAAAAUGAAAAUGAAAAUGAUAAUAGUAUUGGUAAUAAAAGUAAUAAAAGUAAUAGUGAGUUAUCAAUAGAAGAACAAGAAAAAAAGAAAGAAAAAGAUUUAGAAAAUUAUAUAAAUAUGAUAAAUAAUAGUGGAUUUAUUACAAAUGAUUCAAACAACAAUAAUAAUAAUAAUAAUAGUGGUAAUAAUAAUUCUUUUAUAUCAAAUGGAUCACCAUUUUCACCAAUUAAAGAGGAAUCACCACAACCAAGUCCAACAUUUUCACCAAAACCAACACUUCAAAGACAAAGAUCAAAUUCUAAAAAUGUAUUAUAUUCUCCAAACGCAUCACCUUCAAACUCUUGUAAAAUACCAACACCACCACUACUUCAUAAUAUUUCAAUUAUAGAUACUUCUAAUAAUAAUAAUAAUAAUAGUAAUAAUAUAGAAAAUCAAAAUAAUAAUAAUAAUAAUAUAGAUAAUAAUAUAGAUAAUAAUAUAGAUAGUAUAGAUAAAAAAUUAAAAAAUAAUAAUAAUAAUAAUAAUAAUAAUAAUAAUAAUAAUAAUAAUAAUAAUAAUAAUAAUAAUAAUAAUAAUAAUAAUAAUAAUAAUAAUAAUAAUAAUAAUAAUAAUGAUGAUGAUGAUGAUGAUAAUAAUAUAAAAAAAACACCAAAUAAUAAAAUUAAUACAAAUGAAAAUCCAAUGAUAAUAACUAAUAGUGUUUUAAAGAGAUCAGGUAAUAUUGAUUAUUUACAAAUUAAUAAUAAUUAUGUUAUACCAUCACCAUCACCAGGUACACAAUUAUCAGAGUGUACAAAUCAACAAAUGAAAUAUAAUCCACCAGUGUCAAUAGUUGAUUUCACAUUGAUUGAAAAGAUUGGUGAGGGUGGAUUUGGACAAGUAUUUUUAGCAAAGAAAAAAGAUACAGGUGAGAUUGUAGCAAUCAAGAGAAUGUCAAAGGAAUUGAUUUGGAGUAAGAAUAAAGUUUCACAUAUAAAGAAUGAAAGAGACAUUUUAGCACAAGGAAAGAAUCAUCGUUGGAUAGUAUCAUUGGUUUAUUCAUUCCAAGAUGAUCAGUAUCUUUAUUUGGCUAUGGAGUAUGUACCAGGUGGCGAUUUAAGGUCAUUGCUAAGUGCUUUGAAUUCAUUGGAUGAGGAUUCCGCUAGAUUCUAUAUGGCUGAAAUGGUCGAAGCUGUUGAUAGUUGUCAUAGAUUAGGCUAUUGUCAUAGAGAUUUAAAGCCUGAAAACUUUUUAAUCUCAAGAGAUGGUCAUGUAAAAUUGGCUGAUUUUGGUCUAAGUAAAAAUGUUGUCACUAGAUAUCAUCUUAGAUCUGCUUCCGCUGAUAAUACUAUAAAUACCACAACCUCAACUCCAACAACAUCAUCAAAUAUAAAUCAACUUAGUAGUAGUAUGAUUGAACAUACACCAAUGAAAUUUGGUGCUGCCGCUAAUGGUAAUGGUCCUUUAAACUCAUCAGUUACAGAUUUUGGGUCGUUUAAAGAUCUAAGUGUUGCUGCAAGAUUGGCUUAUUCAGUGGUUGGCAGUCCAUUUUAUAUGGCACCUGAGGUUUUACAAGCUACACGUGGAUAUGGUGAUGAAGUUGAUUGGUGGUCAUUGGGUUGUAUGUUUUAUGAAUUCAUUUUUGGUGUUCCACCAUUUGAUGGUGAUUCACCAGAGGAAGUGAUGGAGACAGUAUUGAAAUGGAAAACAAUGUUACAAAGACCAGAUGGAGUUUCAGAUGAACUUUGGGAUUUAAUAUCAGGUUUAAUCAAUGAUGGUUCUACUCGUUUAGGUUCUGGUGAAAAGGGUGUUGAAAAUAUUAAAAAUCAUAUAUUCUUUAAUGGUGUACCUUGGGGAAAAUUACACGAUCUCGAUCCACCUUUUGUACCUUUAUUACAAGGUGAUUACGAUACAACUUAUUUUGAAAAUACUGAAAAAUUAGAUAACAAUUUCUUAUUACAACAAACUCAACAACUUUCACUUUUACCACCACCACUACCUCCUCCUCCUCAAACUCCAACUCAACCACAACAACCAUCACUACCUCCACAAACUCCAAAUGAUAAAAUGAUAUUUGAUAAAAUUCGUUCACCUGUCGUCUAUACAAAUACACAUUCUGGUAAUAUUAUUACAAGUAGAAGUAGACCAAGAAAUAUUUUAGGUUUUACUUAUCCAAGAGCUGAUGAUCAACCAUUACUUUGGAAUAAUAAUAACAAUAACAAUAAUAAUAAUAAUAAUAAUAAUAACAAUCUUUUAAAAAAUUUUGAAGAGUUAACAAUUUUAAAUAAUAAUAAUAAUAAAAAUAAAAAUAAAGGAAAUAGUAAUAAUAAUAAUAAUAAUAAUAAUAAUAAUAAUAAUAAUAAUAAUAAUAAUAAUAAUAAUAAUAAUAAUAAUAAUAAUAAUAAUAAUAGUAAUAAUAAUAAAAAUAAUAGUAAUAAUAAAACAGUAACAAUACCAAUCUCAACAGGAAGAUUAUUAAAUGAAAUUGAUAAUUGUAAUAAUAAUAAUAAUAAUGAUGAAAAUAAUAUUAAUACUGGAAAUUUAACUCCUCCAAAUUCAAGUCCCUUCAAUAGUGGUGAAAAUUUAAAUUUUGAAAAACAAGAACCGACAAGUCCAUAUGGUUCAUAUAGUAAGCAACAACAAUAA